CACAUUCAACUACUCUACUAUUCUGAUCCACUGUUGUAAUGAUGGAGUGUGUUAAAGAAGAGACUGAUCCUGAAUCAUUCACAAUAACACCUCAACAUACUCAACAACAAAGAGAUGCAAUGGAAAUUAAAGAGGAAGAUCAGCACCACAAUUUCAAAAGUGAAGAAAAUUCUUUUAGUUGCUCACAGACUGAUGGGGAUUCACCUGAAGAAAGAGCAGAAGACAAAAUCUCUUUUACAUGCCAUCUUAAUAGUGAGACUUUUUCACAAAAAGAACAUUCAAAUUUUCACAUAAAGACUUGCACAGAAGAAAUGCCUCAGUGUGAAAAGACUUGCACAAGUAAAAGGCACCUUGAGGAUCAUUUAAUGAGUCACAUUGGUAAGAGGACCUUUGCAUGCCCUCAGUGUGAUAAGUGUUUUAAACAACAAAGAAGUCUUUAUGUUCACAUAAAGACUCAUACUGAAGAAAGGCCAUACGCCUGUCCUCAUUGUGGAAUUACUUACAUACAUAAAUGGCACCUUAAGGAUCAUAUAGUAACUCAUACAAAUGAGAGACUAUUUGCCUGCCCUCACUGUGAUAAGGUUUUUUUACGAAAAGGAAAUCUUAAUGAUCACAUAAAGACUCACACUGGAGAAAGGUCAUACGCCUGUCUUCAUUGUGAAAAUACUUACCAAUAUAAAAGAGAUCUUUGGAAACAUUUAGAAAGUCACAAAGAUGAGAGGAGCUUCAUCUGCCCUCGGUGUGAUAAGGGUUUUUCACUAAAAAUAAAUCUUGAUGAUCACAUAAAGACUCACCCUGAAGAAAGGCCAUACAGCUGCAAUCUCUGUGGAAAGACUUACAAAUGUAAAAAGUCUUUGAUGAAACACAAAAUAAGUCACACUAAUCACAGGCCUUUCUCUUGCUCUCAAUGUGGAAAGAGUUUUAAACGAAGAGGAACCCUUAAAAUUCACAUGAGGAUUCACAGUGGUGAUGGGCUUUACACCUGUCCUCAUUGUGGGAAGAGUUUCACAAAAAAAGGAAAUUUAGAGAGUCACAUAAGAGUUCACACUGAAGAGAAACCUUUCAGGUGCCCGCAGUGUGACAAAAGUUUUACACAACGUGGAGCUCUUAAGCAUCACAUACGAAGUCAUACAGGUGAAAAGCCUUUUUUGUGCCAUCUGUGUGAUAAGAGUUAUGCACGGGCACAAAGUCUCAAAUAUCAUCUGUUGUCUUACCAUUUUGUAGAAAUCCCCUAAAAGUGCGGUUAAAAAAUUGAGUCUUUGACGCUGAUAAAACACAAGUGACUGUAUACUGGAGAGAAGCUGCACCGCUGUCAUUCAUGUUGGAGAAGUACUACAUUUGAAAAACAUUUACCCACUAAGUCCCUCUUUGGUAAAAUGAGCUGCCAAUCUUCAUCGGAUUGUCUGUGACCACUGAAUCCUUCAACACAUCUGAAGACGCAACUCUUUUGCAUUCAUUGCAUUAUCCACUAAUUUACAACUUUUCACUGUUAACUUUAACAUUGCUUACAGCUUCAACACUAUUUCUUCUUAUAGGCUUUGUGUAAUAUGCUUAUUGUUGGUGCUUAAAACAAAAUUUGUAAGUUUGUUUUGGAUAAAAGUAUCUGCUAAAUAAAUAAAUAAAUAUAAAUGAAUAAAUGUAUUAAUGAUGUGAUGAGUUGAAUCAGGUGUUAGAUGAAGGAGAUGAGUUAAGUAUCACUGAAUUACUAGAUCUGAAAGAUUGCAAGUUAUCAUAAAACUAAUGGGUUCACACUAUUUUAAUGUAGUAUGUAUACAGCUGCCCUGGAGCACUUAACCAGAUUAGUAUUCCUUUCCAGUUAAUUUUAUCUAUACAUGUGUGCCUGGACUCUUAUGAGUUAUUUGUUCCUAAAUCAGUUUGCAUUAGUUGUUUGUUUGUUUUUCAUCCAGCAAAAAAAAAGAUUUAAUGUUUUUAAUAUUUUAAGAAAGGGCCUAUCUUUGUGUGAUUUAGUUUUCAUAAAGUGUAAUUGCAUCUUAAUUACAAUAAAAUAAGUUAGUGUUAUUUGUUGGCAGAUUCUGUAUUGUAAUCGUUUUACAAAUGUGGGAUGUUUAACCUUGAAUAUAUUUAUUUUAUCCAUACAUUCAUGAUUUGUAUGUUUUAUUUGGUGUAGAAGAUGAUAUGUCAUUAAUUUCCUUGCUUUUCGCGAAUUCUGAAACUAGAUUGAAAAUGGAACUUUUAUUUUGCCUCUUGGAGCCUGUCAUGCAGUGACGUCAUAAUAUUUGCGCUACAGCUCGUCUGUCGGUUGAGGGAAGAUUGAGGUGUUUGUGUGAGGUAGAUGCUGAAGAAACAAUCUUAAAUGACACAAUCUUCAUUGAAGUCACCAUCACACCAGUUCAUCUAUAAAUACUGUGAAGAAGUCAAACAAGCAGCUGCUGUCACAACACAUUCAACUACUCUACUAUUCUGAUCCACUGUUGUAAUGAUGGAGUUUGUUAAAGAGGAGACUGAUCCUGAAUCAUUCACAAUAACACCUCAACGUACUCAACAACAAACAGGCCUGAUGGGAGUGAAAGAGGAUGGUCACCAACAAAAUGAAAUGGAGGAUGAACAUCAGCACCACUAUUUCAUAAGUGAAGAAAAUUGCUCACAAGCUGAUGAGGAUUUACCUGAAGAAAGAGCAGAAGACAAAAUCUCUUUUACAUGCCAUCUUUAUGGUGAGACUUUUUCACAGAAAGGACAUUCAAAUGUUCACAUAAAGACUCACGCUGGAGUUAGGCCAUACGCCUGUCCUCAGUGCGAAAAGACUUACAGACAUAAAUGGCACCUUAAGGAACAUUUAGUGAUUCACACUGGCAAGUGGCCUUUCACCUGCCCUCAGUGUAAUAAGGGAUUUUUACGAAAAAGACAUCUUGAUGAUCACAUAAAUACUCACACUGGAGAAAGGCCGUACACCUGCCCUCAGUGUGAUAAGACUUACACAUGUAAACAGCACUUUAAGGAUCAUAUAGUAACUCAUACAAAUGAGAAGUCAUUUGUGUGCCCUCAGUGUGAUAAGUGUUUUAAUCAACUACAAAAUCUUAAUGUUCACAUAAAGAUUCACGCUGGAGAAAGGCCAUACGCCUGCCCUCAUUGUGAAAAGACUUACAGAUAUAAAUGCCAGCUUCAGGAACAUUUAGUGAUUCACACUGGUGAGAGGCUUUUCACCUGCCCUCAGUGUGAUAAGGGUUUUUUACGAAAAAGACAUCUUUAUGAUCACAUAAAGACUCACACUGGAGAAAGGUCACACGCCUGUCCUCAAUGUGAAAAUACUUACAUAUAUAAAAGAGAUCUUUGGAAACAUUUAGUUACUCACACUGGUGAGUGGCCCUUCACCUGCCCUCAGUGUAAUAAGGGUUUUUUACGGAAAAGACAUCUUGAUUCUCACAUAAAUACUCACACUGGAGAAAGGCCAUACGCCUGUCUUCAUUGUGAAAAGGCUUACACAUGUAAACAGCACCUUAAGGAUCAUAUAAUAACUCAUACAAAUGAGAGACCAUUUGCAUGCCCUCAGUGUGAUAAGAGUUUUAAACGACAGGGAAAUCUAAAAGUUCACAUAAAGUCUCACACUGAAGAAAGGCCCUACAGCUGCCCUCAAUGUGCAAAGACUUUCAGACUUAAAUGGCACCUUAAGGAACAUUUAGUGAUUCACACUGGUGAAUGGCCCUUCACCUGCCCUCAGUGUGAUAAGGGUUUUUCCCGAAAAAAAAAUCUUGAUAAUCACAUAAAAUCUCACACAGGACAAAGCCCAUACGUCUGUCCUCAGUUCAAUUCAUAAGUAAUCUACCCAGCUCUGUCGACAUGAUGGAAAGAGAACUAAACAUUUUUGUGACUGAAGUGAGAUUAUUAAAGAAAUUGUUCACCCAAAA